AUGCCUAUUCUUCCAAAAGAAGGCUCAAUUCAUAUCGGGGGUAUUGGUCUGACAAUCUUUCUGAUUCUGCUUGGUUGUUAUCUUCGCUAUGUUCCAAAUCAGUUGACAGAUCCACGAAGGAAGAAAUUACCACCCGGACCUCGAGGUCUCCCAAUCAUUGGAAAUCUCUACGACCUCGCAGACUCAGAAUUUGUGCGCCAAAAAGUCCGCGAAUGGCAUCGCACCUACGGCGAUAUCUUCUACACGAAAGUCGGGGCGACCGACUAUAUCUGGCUUUCAUCACCAAGAGCUGUCAAAGAUCUUAUGGACAAGAAGUCGGCAAUAUACUCCUCACGGCCGCAUCUCCCGCUAGCGCAGGAUGUUGCAAGUGGAAAGUCCCGACAACUGUUCAUGGCAUACGGGCAAGACUGGAGGAACCUGAGAAAACACAGCCACGCACUUCUCAACUUGAAUGCUUCAAAGAGAUACAUGCCAUCGCAAGACCUAGAGUCAAAAGUGGUCCUUCAUGAUCUAUUAGAUCAGCCCGAUGAGUUUUACACCAUCAAUCGGCGCUAUUCUACCUCUGUUAUCAUGCUAGCUACCUAUGGGUAUCGCAUUCCUUCCUUCCAAGACCCGAUCAUCUCCAAGAUCUUCAGCGUUCUGGAAAAUCUUUCCAUCAUGAUGGCUCCUGGCGCCUUCGCCGUCGAGAGUUUACCCGGCCUGGCUAAUCUUCCCGAGUUCCUUUUAGGAAACUGGCGCACCUGGGGCAAGAAAGCCUUCGCUCACGACAGCAAGAUUUGGCUUGAGCUUUGGGAGGCUUUGAAGAAGACAACGGAUGACGGCACUGCCAAGGACUGCUUCUGCAAGGACUUUUACCUCGGUGACCCCAAAAAGAACGGCAUCGACGACUUGCUCGCGGCGUAUACCUGCGGUGGUCUGGUAGAGGCGGGUUCCGAGACAACAGCUACAACUAUCAACAACUGGACCCUGGCCAUGACUCUUUUCCCCGAAGCAAUGCGGAAGGGUCAAGAAGAGAUCGAUCGUGUCGUCGGAAGCGACCGGAUGCCCACAUGGGAAGAUGAGAAAGAUCUCCCUUACGUUCGGGCGAUGAUCAAAGAAACCUUGCGAUGGCGCCCGGUCAACAAAUUUGGGAUGUAUCACGCUUCCACCGAGGACGAUUGGUACGAAGGACACUUCAUCCCGAAGGACUCUGUGGUCGUCCUGAAUUGGUGGGCUAUCCAGCGUGAUCCAAGUCGCUACGAUAAUGCCGAUGAAUACGAUCCAUCUCGGUUCCUCAACAGUCCACUCUCUGCAGCGGAGUACAUGAACUCGCAGGAUCCCUAUGAGCGCGAUCACUUUUCCUAUGACGUGCAUGUCCUGGAGUCCAUCUAG